AUUACAUUAGUAUUAGAGCUGUUACCGAACAAUGAAAUUGUUUCUAAGUUUUUUAAUCAUAUUUUUGUCACUCGAUCCUGCUGCGUUUGCUGAUGGAGGUGGUGAAUCGAAAGCCAAUGUAGGUGGCGAAUCGAAAGUUAAUGGAGGUGGUGACACGAAAGUCGAUGGAGGUGGUGACUCCAAAAUCGAUGGAGGUAGUUCAUCGAGAAUCUAUGGAGGAUAUAAAAUUGAUAUUACUGCCGCGCCUUGGAUGGCCUAUAUUCAGUACAAUAAAAAGUCAAGCUAUUCAUUUUGUGGUGGAACCAUCGUCAAUCAAAUGUUCAUCCUAACUGCUGCACAUUGUGCUUAUACGGAAGUACGGGGUGGUUUACGAAAGAACAACGCUUCACAAUACGUAGUUAGAAUAGGCUCGUCAAACAGGAGCCAAGGAGGUAGUGUUUACAAGGUAGCUAAAGUGAUACCUCACCCAAGCUAUGAGCCAGUUGAUAUGCCUCACGAUGUGGCUCUUCUAAAACUUACAAAGAAGAUUACAUACAACAAAAGAACCGUGAAGAACGUACAUCUGGACCGUAACAAUGGAGCGUACAAAGCUGGAGAAAAGGUGUCGAGUAUGGGAUGGGGGGAAAAUCCAGAAAAUCCUAAAACACUAAACAUCUACAAAGUUUCCUUGAAAAUUGUUGACACAGCACAGUGUGCUAGGUCAUAUCGCGAUUCAGCGACCGGAUAUAAAAAACAUAAAAUUUGCGCUUUAGGACCUAAACCUAAAAAUGGUGACGUAUGUGAGGGGGACUCAGGUGGACCACUUUUGCAUGGAAAUCAACAAAUUGGAGUAGUUUCAUAUGGAGGAGAUUGUCCUCAAAAAAAUGGAGAACGUUCACCUGGCGUCUAUGCUAAAAUUGCAGACAAUCUGGCUUGGAUCAAGAAAGUAAUUUCUGGAUCCAAAGAACAAGAUGACGACGAAGAUAGCGACGAAGACAAAGUCGAAGAUGAAGAUAAUGACGAAGACAAACAUAAAGACGAAGAAGAUAAAGACGAAGAUAAGGCCAAAGACGAAGAUAAAGACAAAGACGAAGAAAAUUGUUGAUCAUAGUAAAAUUGAAGUGUCUAUAUGCAUGGCACUGCUUCUAGCAUUAACACUGAAUUACCAAACGUCUAAUUUGGACACUCUUGGAGCUGCUUGUUUAACCUCUUAUAUCGAAACAAAAUAAACGUAGAGCCUACUGUGCCUUCAUCAGCCUCCGAAUAUAUUCUAAUACAUUCUAUGUUAAUGCUAGGAGCAUUGCUAUUCCUACUUGCCUGAAAUUGUAGACUAUAAGCAAGCAUUCAAAUAAAUAC